GUUAAUCUGUUCCUUUGUAGUUUCUUCAUUAUUUGUCCUGUUGCUAGGAGCACUGUACCCAACCAACAAAAGGCUAAAAGCGGGUCGGCCCGAACCCGCCUAUCAACCUUGGAGUCGUUCGCGACGACUCGAUAGACCAAAGCCCAAGAGGAGCUGCAGAAGAGAGAGAGAGAGUGAGGGAGGCGAGUUAGAGAGAGAAAAUACAAAUAGAUAUCGGACGGCGCUGUAUAUACAAUCGAUUCAUUCAUAUACACACAAAAUUAUACAUCGAUACAAGCCACAGGCGAGGUGGGUGGUUCGCUGAAAGAUGAACGGCAGCCCAUCUGGUUUCAAUAAUGCGCCGGUGACGAGGGUAGUAGUGAUCGCCAGUAUUCUUUUCACAGUGGUAUUUGGGAUCCAAGGUCGCUCUAGGAGUUUCAAAUUGGUCUUAUCAGAUCCCUCAUUGAGUAUACUCACAUGUGGACCCUAUGGCCUUAUAUUUUCUUCAUUUGUUCCCUUUUAUUUCGACAUUCCUGUUUCGACGCAGUUUCGUGUGUUUAGCCUGAACUUCUCAGACAAGACUUUUAUUUAUUUAGCUGGAAUGCAGUUAUUUUUAUCAUCCUGGAAAAGAUCCUUGCUGCCAGGGCUUUGCGGUAUUCUCGCUGGUUCCCUGUACCGCUUGAAUGUUUUCAACAUACGCAAGCUGAAGGUUGCACCUAAUCUUAAGUCGAUCAGUUUUAUGAGGCUAAACUUGUCUGUUACGAAGCGUCUUUUGUCAGAAUUCAUUUCAGCAAAUGGGACCCUUUCUUACUUUCCCGAAUUUAUCGCUUCAUUUUUCUCACGACUGUCUUUGCCAUCUAUUGGUAACACAUCACCCACCACCUGGUCAUCGCCCAAUACCGGUCGCCAGAUUGAGGCAAACUAUCCAGCGAUUUUAUCAUCGACUGAACCACCUGAGGACUUAAUAGCCACACUCGUUUCAAUGGGCUUUGACCGGAAUUCGGCAAGACAGGCUCUCAUACGAGCAAGAAAUGACGUUAAUACUGCCACUAACAUCCUUCUCGAAUCUCAAGGGCAUUGACACGAGUUAUGUAUUGGUUUUAAUGGUGUAUUCAUCUCGAGCAAUGAGUUAUCGGAUUUUCUGAGCUGAGAAACAUUUUGUCCCCAGUCGACAAAAUCAUAUGUUUUUCUUCUUCUUGCCU